UCAGUCUUGAGUCCAGGCCAAAAACAACAAUGGAGGAUUUGUAGGUUUUACGGAUCCCUGAGUGUCCUGAAAAGAAGUCAUCAUGGGUGAGAUGGAAUAUGUUGCCAAAAAGGCUGGGAAACAAACAUUUGACUUACAGACUUAUGAGCCGGGCGACGCAUAAGCACACCGUCCUCUACAAGCAGUGGGGAGGAGCAGUGUCACUGUGAAGAGGCAAACUCCACAACUCCAGAUGACUUGCAUGGGAACAGGACAACAUUAACAACCAAUACCUUCAAUAUGAUCGCACCCAAGAAAGUGCUGCAAAACAAGUAUGUGGUGUUCGGCUUCAUUCUGCUGGUUGGAGCUGUUGCCAUCUACAGCGAGAUGGCUGUGACCAGAGUAUGGAACAAGAGGACUGGUCAAGAUUACUUCUACAACAGAGGAAGGGGAAACGCUAACUCCCAUAUGAGCUCAGCAAAAAACGCUCAUACUGCGACAGUCAACAGUGCAGCUCACCCCUGGAAAGCUGAGUAUUUGGGUCACGCCAAUCUCCAUGUGUUUGAGGAUUGGUGCGGGAGCUCCACGAUCGGCCUUCGCAGGAACUUGCACUUCCCGUUAUUCCCUCAUUUGAGGAUUACAGUCCAGAAACUGGCCAUCGCUCCACAGUGGCGCAACUAUGGACUGAGGAUUUUCGGUUACCUGCAUCCUCACACUGAUGGGGAGUUUGUGUUUGCAGUGAGCUCGGAUGACAACUCAGAGUUCUGGCUCAGCUCUGAUGAUUCUCCACUUAACUUAAGUUUAAUGGCCUGGGUUGGAAAGUCUGGUGAUGAAUGGACAGCCCCUGGAGAGUUUGAUAAAUAUGCAAGCCAGACGUCAAAACCAAGACGGCUCUCGUCUCAGCAGAGAUAUUUUUUUGAAAUCCUCCACAAGCAGAAUGACAGAGGGACAGACCACGUGCAAGUGGCAUGGCAACUGGUGGACAAAGAACUCGAGUUUAAUGUCAUUGAAUCAGCGCAUAUCUCCCUUUAUGUUGAUGAAUCUGCUCUGCCAUUAGGCAACAAUUCUCACAUACCGCAGACAGCUGCCAGUCACCAACAAAACGUGACGAAACGGAGCAGUGUCACUGCAGACAUUCUCUGGGACGACCCUAGAGACAGGUUUGACCAAGUUCCAUUGAUAAAUAAGAAGUACCUUGAGAGUAUUCUUCCACACUGCCGGUACAAACCCAGCUACACCAUUAAAGAUCAACAUCUACAGCGCUACCAUGGCCUGCUGUUUGUUCACUUGUCUUACAUCUACCCCAAUGACUACACACGACUCACACACAUGGAGACACCAGACAGCUGCUUCUACCCCAAAACGGCAGGCUCGUCCUCCAAAGAUUUACUCCGCUUCGCAAAAUACAUGACCUUGGACAGCCAAAACAUAUUAAACGAGAAACAUUCAACGAAGAGGCGAGGAGGUGCGCUGGUGUUUGACACCAAGGUGAACUGGAAUCAGACAUUUAAGGUCAACAAAAUCCCUCGCAAUCCCGUUGUCUGGAUCAACCAGCACUGCAACAUCUCUGGAAACUCGCAACUUCCCUCCAGUCAUGCCAUGUCCAUCGUGAACUUGUUCAUGGAGAAGAUUCACAAAAAUCACCCGGGGAUGUUCACACUGGUGCGAGUGGUGAAUGUUGAAAAGCACAAGGACCUGGUCAAGGGUGGCCGCUACCUCCUGGAACUGGAGCUGCAAGACAGAAGUGGACAGAAGCUGCGUCUUUCGCACUACAUCUACGGCCACAGAGAGGUCAACAGUGGGGUCAUUGCCCAACAGCCUGCGGUGGUCUUGUGCAACCCUGUUGGAUUCAGCUGGAGUCCCAAUGCCGCUGUCCACUUCAUAGUGCCAGUAAAGAACCAGGCGAGGUGGGUCCUGCAAACGAUUAGGGAUCUUGAGGAGAUUUUCCAAACAACGGGAGACGACAACUUCAACCUCAUCAUUACUGACUACAGCAGCACUGACCUGGAUGUGAAGGGGGCGCUGGAGAAAUCCUCAUUGCCCAGUCACCAGUAUGUGAAGCUGGAUGGGAAUUUCCAGAGAGCUGCUGGUCUUCAAGCUGGCGUGGACGUGAUAAAGGAUCCUCACAGCAUUGUAUUUCUCUGUGACCUACACAUCCAUUUCCCUCUGACCAUCAUUGACACAAUUCGAAAACACUGUGUGGAGGGAUACAUGACCUUCGCUCCCGUCGUCAUGAGGCUGGACUGUGGAAGUACGGCAGCAGACGCCAAAGGGUUCUGGGAGGUGAACGGCUUCGGCCUGUUGGCCAUCUACAAGACAGAUCUGGAUCGAAUUGGUGGGUUGAACACCAGGGAAUACAAGGAGCAAUGGGGAGGAGAAGACUGGGAGCUGCUGGACAGGAUUAUUGAGGCUGGACUGGAAGUAGACAGGAUCUACCUAAGGAACUUUUAUCACUACUAUCAUUCUAAACGGGGAAUGUGGAACCACAGACUGAGUCGUGGCUCAUGAUGACCUUUGACCGUAUUGCACUGGAGGUACUGGAGGCAGACUGAAGAUCUUGUGAACCUUUGUCAUACAAUAGGACGAGGCUUUCUGGAAAACAACACAGCAAGCUUGUAUGAACGUUGCCAAAGACUCACUUCCUCCACAACCCAAACAAGUGUGUUCUCCAUCUGUGGUGUGCUGUUCCUUACAAUGCCAUGCUUUUAGCUAGUUGUUGAACCUUUUCAGU